AUGAAGUGUGACGAGAUGAUGGGGAAGGUCAACGAAGGUCAGAGGAUGGAAGCUCCAGCCCGAUGUCCACCAGCCGUCUAUGAUGUUAUGAUGCUUUGCUGGCAUAAGGACCCGGAAUCUCGACCUUCCUUUCAAAGGUUGUGUGAAUACAUCGAGAAAAUUAGAAAGAAUGUAUGCAUAAUUAUCGAUGGAAGAGGUGAUGUUAGUAAUGAUGACGAUGACAACGACUCCAUUAACAAACUUCCUGUAUGGCACUACAAUGGAAACUACGCGAUAGAGGAGGAUUCUGUGUAG